AUGCUCGCUCCUCCGCCUGCUGCUGCCGAUGGCGCCGCCAGCGCUGGCGGCGGCACUUGGCAAUGCGCGGCGGGUUUGACGGCGGGAGAGGCGGCGGGGAAUGCGGCGCAGCUGGCGGGGAUGGACGAGAGCAUGCAGGCGCUGCGGGAAGUGGUAGUGUGGCCGAUUAAGUACGCGAAGGAGGCCGCCGCGCUAGGCCUGAAGCCAGACUCACUCUGCCUCCUCCCUUUCCUCCCACGUGCUUUCCCUGCUGCUGCGCUUUCCCCAGCAGCCGUCAGCAUCUGGUGUGCUGCUGCUGUAUGGCCAUCCCAAUACACCCACUCCCUUUCUUUGUGGCGUCUCAAAAACAGACCCACUCCACACACCUUCCCUUCCUCCCCACCCACAUUCCAUGUGCAGUGGCCGUCAGGUGUGCUGCUGUAUGGUCCGCCAGGCACAGGCAAGGUAGCUCACAAGGUAGUUACAGAGGGAGGUGUGGGAGGUGGUUCAGAGGGGUUUGCGGAUGUGCGGCCGUCCAUUGUGUUCAUGGAUGCGAUUGACGUGCGUGCUGUGCCCCAAGCGAGACUCCAGGUAGGUGGCUUACCGCACAAGGGAGUGGGAAGAGACUCCUGGCGGCAGAACGAGACAAGAAUAGUGUCUCAGCUUCUCACUCUCAUGGACGGCAUUUCCACUUCCUCACUCCCCUCCUCCUCCCCUCUCCAAUCCUCCUCCGCCCAAUCCACCGCUUCCCACCCUUCCCGACCACUUGUUGCCAUCGCUGCCACCAAUCGCCCCAACGCACUAGAUACCGCGCUACGCCGGCCGGGAAGAUUCGACCGCGAGAUUGCAAUCAACGUGCCAGGCACGAGGGAGAGAGAGGCGAUACUGAAGCUGCAUGCGCGCUCCCUCCCUCUGCAUGCUGACGUGGACAUGCGGCAACUGGCGGCGCGUUGCAAGGGCUACGUGGGCGCUGACCUGGCAGCGGUGUGUCGCGAGGCUGCCCUUGCUGCCGUCAUGGAGAUGGCUGCUGGGGAGGAGGAGAGGGGAGGGGAGGCGUUUUCUGGGGGAGGAGGGGAGGUGGUAGGAGAAGGGGAGGCGGUUUUGGGGAAAAAGGAGGCGGCUCUUGCUGCCCUCAUGGAGAUGGCUGCUGGGGAAGAGGAGAGUGUUCCUGGAGUAGGGGAGGUGCACUUUGAAGCGGCGCUUUCUCGUGUGGGGCCUUCUGUGACUCGCGGCGUGGCCGCUGAGCUGCCUGCCAUCACGUGGAACGACAUUGGAGGCUUAGAGGGCGUGAAGGUGAGAGCGUAUGUUAAGGGGAAACUGCUGUAUGUGCCGCAGACAGCUGUGCUCUCUCGUGUGGGCCUGUCUGUGACUCGUGGCGUGGCGGCUGAGCUGCCUGCUGUCUUGUGGAACGACAUUGGAGGGCUGGAGGGCGUCAAGCCGACUCAAGGCUCUCACACCCCCCAGAGGUGUCCUGCUGCAUGGGCCCCCCGGGGGCGGCAAGACAAUGCUCGCUCUGGCCGCUGCCCACACUUCCAAGGCAACGCUCUUCUCCCUCAGGUGCGCUCUCUUCUCCCUCAGGUGCGCGCUCUUCUCCCUCAGGUGCGCGCUCUUCUCCCUCAGGUGCGCGCUCUUCUCCCUCAGGUGCGCGCUCUUCUCCCUCAGGUGCGCGCUCUUCUCCCUCAGGUGCGCGCUCUUCUCCCUCAGGUGCGCGCUCUUCUCCCUCAGGUGCGCGCUCUUCUCCCUCAGGUGCGCGCUCUUCUCCCUCAGGUGCGCGCUCUUCUGCCUCAGGUGCGCUCUCUUCUCCCUCAGGUGCGCGCUCUUCUCCCUCAGGUGCGCGCUCUUCUGCCUCAGGUGCGCUCUCUUCUCCCUCAGGUGCGCGCUCUUCUCCCUCAGGUGCGCGCUCUUCUCCUGUCUCUCCUCUCUACUCUUCUUCCCUUUGAGUCCACCCAAGGGGAUUCGCCCUCAUUGUCCCCCCAGAGGGACCUGUUCUCCAUCGGUGCGGACCUGUUCUCCAUGUACGUGGGCGAGGGGGAGGCGAUGCUCAAAGAGACGUUCCGAUUGGCCCGCAUGGCGGCUCCCAGCGUGGUGUUUGUGGACGAGGUUGACGUGGUGGGGGGGCGCAGGUGGGUACAGUGCGAAUCGUUCCGCCUGGCUCGCAUGGCGGCUUCCUGCGUCGUGUUUGUGGACGAGGUCGACGUGGUGGGGGGCCACAGGUCCGAUGCAGAAAGCUCAGGUAGUGGAGGGGGAGGGGGAGGGGGAGGGGGAGGAGGGGGCAGCGUGGGGGAGAGGCUAUUGGCUGCGCUGCUGACUGAAAUGGACGGGCUUCAGUCGCUCACUGCUCCCAUCGCAACAUUCGAUUAG